GUGACAUUAUGGAGCCAUCCUCGUCAGAUUACAGCGACGAGGAGGUGGGUGUGCUCGCGCGUGGACAGAAACUGUGGGUGCGCGGUGUGCGUCCGCAUACAACAUGCGCGGAUAUCGUGCGCGCACUGCAGGACGCGCCUGAAGCGGGCGGAUUGACUGAGCACUCUGAAUGGAUCCUAGCGGAGCGGUGGCGUGGCGUGGAGCGCCCUCUACCGCCUGACGCUCCUGUGCUCCUGGUACUGGCAGCGUGGGGAGACGCACGGCAUGAGGUCCGCCUGUCCCUCCGUCGCGCCUCCAGCGGCGAAGAAGACUCCGGCCGCGACAGCGACGGAAGCCGCAGCGGGCGACGGCGGCGACGCGGUCGGACCACCCCUCCCCCUCGGGCUAAAAGCGAGGAUCCUGCUGCGAGACUGGUGACGGUGAUACAGCAUCAGAGCAGAACUAUUCAUCAGCAGCUGGACAAACUUCGGGAACAAGAAAAGCUCAUCGACCAACUAGAAGAUCAGACGCAUAAAAGCCGUAUGGAGAAGCACGGAACAAACUACCUUCUAGAAUCCUACCUUCGAGACCUGGGCCGCAACACCGAAGUCAACGACAGUCAGGCGGCCAACAGCGACAGCGGAGUCGGUGUCGGCAGCGGCACACCACCCAGAAGACACACCAAACACAAGUCCAGAAGAGAAAGACACCUUAUGCGAGAACAUUACUUCACGAAAGAACUCACAAACAUCUGCCAAGUCAACUCCGAAAGACUCACACAAACACACAACGACACAGACUCAGACGCCUCAGCAGAUGACCUCACAAAAAUAAGAGAAGAAAUCGAACUCCUCGAAAAGCUUGCAAUCAUAAACAAAAGACUACACCGCGAAGAGGAACUUGUCGUCAGACUAACAGCGAAAGUAAAAAGGUAUACAGACGAAAACAAAGCGAAUAGUUGUGAAAAUGUAUCUCAAGUCACGAUGCUGAUCGACAAAAUAGAAGAAGAGUUAGCACGGACGGCGAAAGAGAUGCAAGAUAACACCUUAGAGCUAACUAAAGCGGAGAGAGAAGUAGAGAUGAGAUUGAAACUCCUUGACGAGUUGACGUUAGAGUUAGAAGAGGAAGAGCUACAGAACACGAUAUUGGAAAGACAGUUGAAUGAGGCGUCGAGUCGACAACCCAUCUUGUUGCAAGAUAGCUACGUACCUGUCCUAGACCAAGGCACGGCUAUCGAUUACGGGGGACCUAGUUAUGCGUUAGACACGCUCGUAUGACAUUAGAUUUAAUUAUGAAUCUGUCCCAAAGAUGUAUGAAAUUACCAGCAAUCUCCUCGGAAAUUUUGGGGACUUUAAAUACCUGUGAGUUUUGAAUCGGGUACAAAAAACCGAUAAUGGAUCUCAGUUUCUGAACAAAUUUUAGUACCCAAUUCACAUUUUAAUAGGCAUUCUGCUUUAAUUCACUUUCAAAGGAAAUUGUAGGUAGGUACAGUUACAUUUCCCAACGGUGAUAAAUUAAAAUAAAACUGAUAAUCGAGUAUAUAUUGAGCGAUUUGUGUACCCUUACUUUUAGGCUCACGAGAGAUCAAUAUUACAGUGAUAAGACUAAAUAAGUCAUCAUUCAUUCAUUCAUUAAGGCAUACAAAACUGUCAAAUCAAAACCAAUAGAUGUCUGUCUCCACGCUCUCUUUUGAUUGGGUUAUAUUCCAGAGCUCUGAUUGGCUUUAAUAUUUGAACGCAAAUUAUUGACUUUGUACGUUUAAAACCAAUAGUUAUAUAAAUAACAUAGUAUAAGACAAUAACUGUGGUGCUUAAGCUGUUUAAAACCUAAGAAUGUUAUUUUACUGCGUAAAAACCUAAACGUAGUUAAGAUAAAAGAAAUCGAGAAAAACCAUUGCAAUUUCGACCUUAUUGAGUCGAAAUAAGGUUCUAAUAUUGUUUAGAUUUCAUCCUUUUUUUGCUACGUCCAAAUAAAUGACAUUGCAUACAUUUUUUUAAUAUUCGAGUCCAAUACCAAAAAUAUAUGACAAAAACCACCAACUGUAUGUAAGUAAGUAAGUUAGGGUAUUCAUCCACUAAACGAUGUCACACGAUUGAUAAGUGUUGUUAAGAUGUUGUUGUGUGUCAUUGUUAGCAAAUGGGUACCAUUAGGCCUAGUCAAAAUGACAUCUUAUUCUGCUGUUCCAAAUAUUGAGACACACACAAUACUACGUUGUCGGACUUUGAGCUCAAAUGUAUCAAAACAAAUUAUGUUUGUUCCAUAUUUGGAACAAUGCAGAAAAAGGUUGACUGGGUUUGUAAAAAAUAUUGAAACGAGAUUAUUUCUGGAAACAGAAGAAUCAUAUUUGUAACAAAAUUACUUAUCCAUUUGGACCUUACCUUUCAUAUCUUACCUGAUGGUGUCUUGGGUAACCAAGCGGACUCUAGGUGCCCUCCAUAUUUUUAACUGGCAAUUCGUGAUGUCUGAGGUUGGUAUUCCACCUGUUCCAUUUCUCGGUCCAACGUGCAUCGUGUCCCACUCUCUCACUAAGCAAAACGUGAGACGCAAAUACACAUAGGACAGGUGAAAUACCACCCUAAGACAAGGCGAGGGUCUUGGUCAGUUCAUUGCUAUUAUAGUCUGUGCGGAAAGAGAAGAAUCGUGAAAUGUAUGGGAUCAAAUACAUUCUACAACUCUUAUAUUUCCGCACAGACUCUAAUAUUUUCAAAAUUACCUGACAGUAUUUUUACAAACCCAUAAAUUGAUAAACAUUCUACAAUAACUUCCACUAAUGACCUGAUUAUGUAGGUUCGGCUAGACUAGUAUGUUAAUACAUUAUUUUUAUAUUUACUGUUAAAUAUGUUUAUACCUUGUGUACAGAAAAAUAUACAACGAAUAUAGU